AGUACUCUUUCAUAUUUGAACGUCAAAAUUAAUGAUGUCGUCUUUGCCAGAAAGUACUUUAACUCUAAAGUGGAACAUCCUAGCGAGAAUUCCAAAGUAUGUUGCUCGGAUGUUUCAAAAAUUGUCAUUCGGGUGCAUAUCGAAUCCUUCGAAAGUAGUGUAUUCUUAGAGGAUCCGAUACAAGUACAUCAACAUUUUUGAAGAGGCCGAGCAAUUUAGAUUCCAAUUAGUGGAGCUCAGACAAAAUUGUACUUUGUAGAGCAGAGUGUUACUUUCUAACCGCUGAUGAUUUAAAUUGCUACUUAAUUUGUUUUAUGCUGUCUAUAAAAUAUGUUGCACAUGCUUUCUCUUCAACAAUUCUACAACCAGUCCAACUGUUAUGUGCAGUUCCUACCCCCACUGUUUAUUUCCAUUAAUACUUUGAAUACAACAACAACAUAGCCAGUUGAUCUGUGGCCCAAAAAAGAAUUUGAGCUUAAUUAGUUGUGAUGAAGGAGAAAGAGAAGGUGUUGUUUUUACGUAAAGUUGUCCUAAUGAUAAUGAUGGUGGUAAUAUUGUUGGCAAGUGGAGUAAAGGGUCAUCGAAUUCUUGUGGAUACAGAUAUGGAUACUGAUGAUUUCUUUGCUCUAUUGUACCUUUUGAAGCUUAACACAUCACAAAUGGACUUAAAGGCAAUAACUAUUAGCACAAACGCAUGGAGUGAUGCAGGACAUGCUGUAAAUCAGGUGUAUGACAUGCUUUACAUGAUGGGGCGUGACGAUAUUGCUGUUGGUGUGGGAGGUGAAGGUGGAAUACUUCCCAGUGGUACCAUUCUGCCAAAUGUUGGGGGAUAUCUCCCUAUAAUUGAUCAGGGAAAUGGUACAGCUGGGUAUUGUAGAUACAGACAAGCUAUUCCUGUGGGUACCGGAGGACGUUUGGACAUUGACUCAAAUUUUGGAUUCAGAAAGAGCUUCCUCCCACAGGGGAAGAGACAUUAUUCACCUCUUCGACAGCCAACAGCGCAGCAAGUAAUGAUCAACACAAUUUCAUCUGGGCCCACAGUGGUUUUCCUCAUUGCAUCACAUACAAAUUUUGCACUAUUUCUCCAAAGUAAUCCACAUUUAAAGAAAAAUAUCGAACACAUUUACAUAAUGGGAGGUGGUGUAAGGUCAAAAAAUCCUACAGGUUGCUGUCCACAAAAUGUCAGCUCCUCUUGCCAAGCUCAGCAAUGUGGUGACAUUGGCAAUUUGUUCACAGAUUACACAAGUAACCCUUAUGCAGAGUUCAACUUCUUUAUGGAUCCCUUUGCUGCAUAUCAGGUAUUUCAUUCAGGCAUUCAAGUUACACUUGUCCCAUUGGAUGCCACAAACACCAUUCCCGUAACUGGAAAGUUUAUUAAAACUUUUGAGAAGAAUCAGCACACUUACGAGGCACAAUACUGUUUCAAGUCUCUGAAAAUGGCUCGUGAUACUUGGUUUGAUGACCAAUUCAACAUGAGUUAUUUUAUGUGGGACUCCUUUAUGUCUGGUGUAGCUGCUUCAAUCAUGCAGAAACAGCACAAUCAGCACGGAGAAAAUGAAUUUGCAGAAAUGGAAUAUAUCAAUAUCACUGUAAUUACUUCAAACAAGCCAUAUGGGAUUCCUGACGGAUCAAAUCCACUAUUUGAUGGUCAUAUAACUCCAAAGUUCAGCGUAGCACGAAAUGGAGUUCAUAGCGGCCAUGUUCAGACAAAACUUCGUGAUCCAUUUUGCAUAAAAAAGAACAGGAGAGGCAGAUGUCAGGAUGGUUAUACAAAAGAAGUUUUUGGUCCAGGAGGAGUGCCUAUUCUUGUUGCUAUAAAAGCAAAACCUAAUCAAGAUGUUAACAGUGAACUGGACAGAGAGUUUUUCGUUAGCUUUCUGGAUGUCUUAAACAAAAGAGAGAACAGCGGGAGGUUUAACUUUUCUAUGCAAUUUCCUUAUUACAGAAAAGUACUUCACAAACCCGAUUUCAGGGGAAAGCAUCUUGGGAAGAAUGUUGUGUUUGAUAUGGAUAUGAGUGCUGGAGAUUUUCUAGCUCUCUUUUACCUCCUUAAGUUGCCAAUAGAAGAGAUCAAUCUGAAGGCUAUAAUUGUGAGUCCAACUGGCUGGGCAAAUGCUGCAACAAUUGAUUCUGUGUAUGAUUUGCUUCAUAUGAUGGGUCGUGAUGACAUUCCCGUGGGCCUUGGAGAUGUUUUUGCAAUGAACCAGUCUGAUCCUAUUUUCUACGCUGUUGGUGACUGCAAGUACAACAAGGUUAUCCCACAAGGUUGUGGUGGAUUUCUCGACUCCGACACUCUUUACGGUUUAUCUCGUUCUUUGCCUCGAAGUCCUCGAAGAUACACAGCUGAAAAUUCUGUGAAAUAUGGAGCUCUAAGAGACACUGAUCAUCCUGAACUCAGACAACCUCGAGCACUAGAAGUAUGGGAAUCAGCAGUGAAAUCACUGAAACCAGGAUCUAAGAUUACUAUUUUAGCCAAUGGUCCACUGACUAAUAUAGCAAAGAUCGUUCUUGCAGGCGAGAAUAUGACCAACGCGAUCCAGGAUAUAAUGAUUGUUGGAGGACACAUGAAUAAUGAUAACACUAAGAAGGGAAAUGUGAUCAAUGUUCCCUCUAAUAGAUUUGCGGAACUGAAUAUGUUCCUUGACCCUCUAGCUGCACAGACAGUUUUGAGUUCAGAUCUUAAUAUCACUCUUAUUCCACUUGGCAUUCAGCAGAAAGUCAGUGCAUUCCCUGAAAUUCUUGAAAUGCUUAACCUGACUAAAAGGACACCUGAAGCAAUUUUUGCAAGGCGUUUGCUCUCAAGGUUACACUACCUGCAAAAGGCACAUCCUAAAUACCAGCAUAUGGAUACAUUUCUUGGAGAAAUCCUUGGAGCAGUAGUAUUGGCUGGUGAUUAUUCUGUACUAAAAUCAACAUUUGGUGUCAAGAACAUAAAAGUCACUGCCUCGGGGUCCGAAUCUGAAGAUGGACAGAUAGUUAUUGACGAAAAGCAAGGGAAAUCAGUGAAAGUAUUGGAGAAUGUCGAUCCAUUAGCUUAUUAUAAGGUUUUUGCAAAUCGACUAGGUGAUGUAAAACAGUCUGCAGUAGUUGGAAGCUUUGAUGAGCAGAGAAGAAUUUGGAACACCCCAUCCAAUACAAAGAAAACUGCCCCUUAAUUGCUCUUUUUGGUUUUCAAGUUUCUUUAGGUGAUUUUUUUUUACAACUAUGAUUCUUCAAAAUAAUUGCCACUUACUCAUUCUUGGUGCUUAAGUAAUAGAAACAAAAUUGUACAUAUAGUUGCACAAUAGAAGUAGAUAUAAUGAAAACAAAGUACAGGAAGAUUAUUUUACCCGUAGAUCUAUCAUCCAUACCGAAAAACAAGAAGUGUCACAUCAAACUUUAGACAUCUCAUAUGAAAUCUCCCUUUAUAUUCUUCUCAAUGCCUUUGUGUUUUAAACAUCUUGAGGAUUUAUAAGAAUUGUUGACAAUCUUCAAUUAAUCUUUUCCGUAUUUUUCCUUUAUCUUCUGCAAAAUUCAUGAUUUUUAUGUUGUAAGCUAUCAGUGUUUUAAAAGAUAGUUUUGGACACUGGCAAAAUGUAUUGAGCCAUAGGUAUGAGACUUAGUUCUGUGAGGCUUACGCAUCCGACUGUACGUCCAAAACACACCUAACACCCAAUGCUUAGGACUCGCCUAAUAAAUACUAGGUAAAUAAUGUGCCAAAUUCCUUGAUUGACGUUA